AUGAUUAAUCCGAUGAUUUUGUUAUUCAGAGAAUGUGUAAAAAAUAGAUUGAUAAUUCCUGGAAAAGAGAAACAAACAUACUGUGAUGUGGGUGGAUGUGAACAAAGUCAAGAAUGUUAUGAAUUUAAAAUUCCCAAUGAUUAUUUAUCUGCAUGCUAUCAACAAAAAUCUAAUAAAAAUGUUCUGGCUUUUCCUGAAGGGAAAGGAAUAGCUCCAAAUGAAUUAGUACUAUUUGUGAAAAAUGUAUAUUUUGGUGUCUGUGAUGAAUAUGUAGUUGCAUGGGCUUCAUUUUGUGACAGAGAUCCAACCAAUGGAAG